AUGACGGGCCCGUCGGAGGUGAACGGACGUGGCAAGACGGUGGUGCCUGCUCCCCCGGUGGGGGCUGGCAGUUCGGUGGGGAGCGAUAGGGCUUCCCCUUCGGUGGCGGCGGCCACUGGAUCCGAGGAUAAUGUCUCGGAGAUGAUGGGGCGCCUUCGUCUGACGGCAGCGGAGGCUGCGGCGGUGGUUCUAGACGACGGAGGCGACGAUUUCCAAGUUCACUCCCAAUGGGCAGUGGUCGGUAAGGUGUUGUCUCCGAAUAAACUGCAUAUCAGUACAAUCUCGGCGGCGCUGCGGCCUGCAUGGGGAAACCCACGCGGUUUGGUAUUCAAUUCGGCUGGCGAGAACAUCUUUGUGGCAGAAUUCAACACGAAGGCAGACAAGGUUAGAGUGGUCGAUGGCCCUCCUUGGGUUGUCGGUAGGCAUGCAGUGUUGUUGCGGGAUUUUGACGUUGAUCAGAAGCCAAGCGAGAUGUAUUUCAACAGUCUGAAGGUUUGGGCUAGGAUUAUAAACUUGCCCUUUGGGUACAUGCAUAAGAGAUGGGGUGCUGUGAUUGCUAGUCCGCUGGGUGUCAAUGGCAGUGUCCCGAUGGUCGAGUGUGAUGAUUCUGGGCGCUGUUGGGGAGGCUACAUGCGUGUGCGUGUGGAAGUGGAUGUUGACAAACCGCUUAUGCGGGGAGUCACUGUUUUCUCACAGCGAAGGAAUGUUACUGAAUGGUUUCAGGUUCAGUACGAAAACCUGCCGUUGUACUGCUUCUCUUGUGGAUGUUUUGGUCAUUCCUCUACUGAAUGUAAAGAUCCAGGGGAGAGAGAUGCAGAGGGAAAGCUCCCGUACUCGGCGGAUAAAUUAUGUGCACCGGAUGAGAGGAAGAAGGCAGCUCAGGCGGCCAAAUCCUACACUGGGUCGGCAUCAGCUGGAAAGGGUCAGGAUUCCUCUAGACAAUCGAGUGGGAGAAAUGAUCAGUCAGCCAACAAAAGUGGGGCUGCGAGACAACAGAGUAAAAAUGAUGAAUCCCCGGAGGUGCAUUCCCCGGUAAAAAAAAGACAGUCUCGAGCCCGCACAACUACUGCCAAUACUAGGAAGGAUAUUGGCAAAGGGAAGGAUGAUGGCCAAGAUGAGGGUCGGACCACAGCGGGCAGGAAGAGGAAGCAGGUGUACAAGCCGAAGGCCGCUCCGCCGUUGGAGGAGAGUCCUUCUAAUAUGCUCGCUUUGGUUGUUCAUUCAAACUCGUUUGCUCAGGGUAUUGGUGAGGUACACACCGAGGAAGCCCUGAGCAAGGAUUCCAAUAAGAGAACAAGAUUGAGUGGAGAUAAUGGAUCGGCGGAUCAGGCGGGAGCUGUUGACCAGCCCCGCCAGACGCAAUGA